UUCUCGGCAGCUGUCAGAUGCAGAGCUUCUCCUGUAAAACGGCCGAAAACACGGCAGGACAGAUGAAUAUCGGACAUUUGUGAACUAAAGCAGUCUUUUAGAAACAAAGAGUGCUGAUCCUCCCCAACCAUCUAGCGGACCAUCGGACCCCCAUCAUAUCCUCAUCAUGGAGGCCGCCAACAGCUACGUGCUCAUCCACGGGAAGAACAUAUCCCAAAAUACCCUGGCAGGCUCUGCAGCCGGGCCCCACAUGUCCAUUGAUAAGCUGUUCCCGGCUCUCCUCGAGUGCUUUGGCAUCAUAUUGUGUGGCUACAUAGCUGGCAGGGCAGAUAUCAUCACACAGAGCCAGGCGAAGGGUUUGGGGGCCUUUGUGUCUAAAUUCGCUCUUCCAGCUCUGCUCUUUAAAAACAUGGUGCUGCUGGACUUUGGGGACGUCAUCUGGGCGUUUCUCUGGAGCGUCAUGGUCGCUAAGGUGACGGUGUUUGCGCUGGUGUGUGUUCUGACUCUGAUGGUGGCCAGUCCAGAGUGCAGAUACAGCAAGGCGGGUCUGUACGCCAUCUUUGCUACGCAGAGCAAUGACUUCGCCUUAGGAUACCCCAUAGAAGGGACACAUGUGGAUGUAGAAGAGACAUGAAGAAGAGG